GGAUAUGGCGCCUGUGUGUUCGAAGAUUUACGAUGACGUCUUAGACGACAUUUUCCGCACGGUUGCAAAGAAAUUUCCAGAGGUGACGGAUUGGCUAUGCCCCAUUACAGGGUUGCUCAUGUAUGACACAGUCUGUGCAGCUGACAAGUUCAACUAUGAGUGUGCGGCCAUAACGGAGUGGUUUGGCCAGGGCCACAACUGGUCACCGCAAACGAAGGAACGGAUGAAAGACCAAUCAUUGGUUCCAAACCAAGGCCUGAGAGACACCAUCAAAGCCUUCCGGGAUUUCGUGUUUGGCACGGCAGAAACUCUCACGUUGACAUGGGAGCCCCACGGCAUGCGUAGCGAAGUGCGCCACGUGACUCUCUCCAGAGAUGAUGUUUCCAGGAGAGACGCGAUGCAGAUGUGCCAGGCAUUGAGCAAAUUCUUCAAGGAGUUGGACCCAAUUGAAGAUUUGCUUCGUCGCAUGCUGCGCGGCUUGAAACCGCCAAAGAUCGUGGUGGUUGGCGAUGAAAGCACUGGGAAGUCAACUAUCCUUGAGAUGCUGGCGAUGCUCCCGUUCUUUCCCAGAAAGCGACGCUGUUGCACACGUUUGGCCAUACAUCUACGUUUGCGGCGAACCCCUGGCAUCAGCCGUGCCACCUUGACGGUCUUGUCCGCAGAGGGUGAAGAGGAAAUGUCCCGGGAGAUUCCACAGGAGAACGGUUGGCUCAUCGUGCAGGAAGAGAUGGAGCGUUUACAGGAGGAGCUCUUUGGAAGUGGGAAAGAGGAACGGAUCAUUGCGGAGAGGAGCAUCGUUGUGAAGGUGGAGCGCCCCGAUGUGCCUUGCUUGGACCUGGUGGAUCUGCCAGGGCUGACGCAGUUUCCGGAAGAGAAGGCUGAGCAAGUGCGCAAGAUCUAUGACCGCCAACUGAAAGAUGACCGUGACAGUGGCGAGCAGUGCAUGUACCUUGCUGUGGUGCCAGCUUCCGGAGAAGUGCGUCCCAGUAACAAUCCCGUCAUGAAAUUCAUCAGUGAAGAGGGCCUUCAGGAUCGCACAUUUGGAAUCUUUUCGAAGUGCGACCAGAACAGUGACGCAGAUGUCCUACGGGCUCUUGCCUUGAAUGAAAGCACCGAGGAUGAUGAGCCAGCGGAGUCUUUGGGUGGUGUGAAGCUAUGCAACGGAUGGGUAGCUACGAUGCAGAAGCUGCCUCCUGGUGAACACUUCAAGUACCACAACUAUGAACGCAUGUACAUCCAGCAGAAGCAGGAAGCGGAGUGGUUCCAAACUCCAGACACGCCAGAACGCAAGCAGCACUGGCCAAGACUUGUGGAGAAGAACUCUGCCGGGAUUGCAGAUUUGGUGCCACGAGUGCAGAACAUGUACCUACGCAAUCUUCAAGUUGUUUGGAAGGAGCAUGCGAUGUUGCAGAUUUUGGAGAAGGAGGCAGAUACCGAACUGCGCCUCAGACUGCUUGGCGUGGAGGAGGAUGAAGAGGAGAAAAAGAAGCUCGCGAAGCAGGAGGUUCAGCGUCGUCUUGGCUCCAACUCGGAGGUCACCAAGAAAAUGUACAACUCCUUCGUAGCCAAAGUGCUAAACACCGACGUGGUGAAGCAGGUGCGCGAAAACUUGGCGGAGUUUGCAGUUGGCAAGUGCUGUCCCGGCCACACAUUUCCCAAGCUCUUGCAGCAGACGAAGGAGAAUCUCUUCGAACUCAUGGAGCUCGUUCUCCUCCAAAUGGAUGCGUGCAUGGUCACUCCAGUCAAAGACAUCUUAGUGGCGAAGUCCGAGCUCUGCAAAGAUGGACUGUGUGACUUCAACAUUCAGACCGCAUCCCUGCGACUCUACAGCACAGGGACUUGCUCGAGCCAGUGGGAGGUGCAGGAGAAAUUGAAGGCAGAGCCCAUCAUCCAGCUGUGCCAUUACAAAGACUAUGGCGAUAGGAUCAUGAAGAAGCACACCGACAUGUUGAACGAAAGAAAGAGACGUCUUCGAGAGAGCUUGGAGACUCUCAUCAACCGUCUUGUGGAUGUAGAUUCUUCACCGUACUUGGAGGUGGCAUCAGCUUUCUUGGAUCAAAAAGCAAACGAGCUCGACUACACAGACAGCAGAGUGAUCAUUUCUUGCAAGUGCAAGCAAUUCGUGGAUGCGUUCCUUCGGUGCUGCCUUCAGCAUGUACCUCAUCCAGAUCAGCUGCAAGAUCUCUACGAAGACAUCUCCGUUGGCUGUGAAACCCAAAAGGCUCGCGAGGCAUUCAACCGUCCGAACCUUAGGAGUGCAUCCAGCAAUCGGGGGCAUAGAUUAUAGCCAGGGCCCCAUGUUGAGUACAAGAUGUACAAGGGCAUGCAGCCCAGAAACAGAUACGGAGUGAUUCAGCGAUCCAAGCGAGAAGCGCACCAUAGAAAGAAAAGGAUGGCAAGAGAGAGGAAAUGAGGACAGC